AGUAAGCAAUGGGGAGAGAGGGCGCGCGCGGGCCGAGGUUCCCGCGAGCGGCUUUGUGAAUGAAUAAGUGAGUGAAGAAAAGAGGCGGUUGGGCGCGGGAAUAGUGAUGGAGCGAGGACAGAGUGAGGAAUACCAGUACCUGCAGCACAUCCGGAACAUUCUGGAAACAGGCUCCCAGAAGAAUGAUCGCACUGGGACUGGCACCUUGUCCGUGUUCGGGCUACAGUCUCGGUACAGUCUGAGGGAUUCUUUUCCCCUCCUCACUACAAAACGAGUGUUCUGGAAAGGAAUUGUUGAAGAGCUGUUGUGGUUUAUCAAGGGCUCGACAAAUUCUAAGGAGUUGUCAGAAAAGGGGGUUAGAAUUUGGGAUGCCAAUGGAUCGCGAGACUUUCUGGACAAGCACGGAUUUUCAAACCGAGAGGAGGGCGAUUUGGGGCCUGUUUAUGGCUUCCAGUGGAGGCAUUUUGGGGCUGAAUACAAGGACAUGCAUACAGAUUACUCUGGUCAAGGAGUCGAUCAACUCCAGAAUCUAAUUGACACCAUUAGAAACAACCCAGAGGAUCGCAGAAUCAUUAUGUGUGCUUGGAACCCUAAAGAUGUUCCUCAUAUGGCUCUGCCUCCCUGUCAUGCUUUAUGUCAGUUUUAUGUAUGUAAUGGAGAGUUAUCCUGUCAGCUGUAUCAACGAUCAGGAGAUAUGGGCCUUGGUGUCCCAUUCAAUAUAGCCAGCUACUCAUUGCUGACAUACAUGAUUGCACACAUUACAGAUCUGAAGCCUGGUGAUUUUAUACAUACAUUGGGUGACGCUCAUGUUUACAACAACCAUAUUGAGGCAUUGAAGAUUCAGCUCCAGCGUGAGCCUAGACCUUUUCCAAAAUUGAAGAUUUUGCGCAAUGUGGAAAAUAUCGAAGACUUCAAAGCAGAAGACUUCAAGUUGGAAGGUUAUAAUCCGCACCCUACAAUCAAGAUGGAAAUGGCUGUAUAAUGUACUUAUUUGUGUACCUAAGCUGAUAAAUAAAAGGUGAAAACUGCGAAAAGAGCAUGACAUUCUAUCGUGGUUUUGUAGGAGCUGCAAUCUUCUUGGAAUGACUUUGAUAAAAGAUAUGACAUUUGUCUCUCCAAACAAAGCUAUAUGUCAAUCUAAAUUCUUAUGAAAUAUACAGUAUUAUAUGCAUUCUAAAAAAUUGUCAGUAAAAGCUUGUUUUCCUUCUUUUGACAAUGUCACAAUGCUAAGCUUGCAGCAGUCGCUUUGCAUCCUUUUCAGGCUACUGAUUUGUGACUUGCGUCGCAAAAUGUAUAUAGCAUUGCAGAGGACAAUAUUGUGAAAGGUAUGCAACCCUGUGUAAUCUAGUUAUUCAGUCAAUAUAAAGCAAUAUUGCAAUCUAUAAUUAUAAGAUUCUUUACAUUGAUCCUGAUUUGAAAGUGCUUAGUUUUUCUUUUACUAACCUAAUUACUCAGACAUUGUUAUUGUACUUUCUAAUGUUACAUUUGGGUGAGGAGAAGAAUGGCUCCAGUUUUUUGUUAUUGUGCAUACUUGCUUUCAUUUUAUUUAAAGAUGCACAAAGAUUACUUUUUACACUUAGAUAGGGAACUGUAUUUGUUGUACUUACG